AUGACCGAUCGACUCACGCAGCUGCAGCUAUGCUUGGACCAGCUGAUUGACAUUUUGUUUUCGGCCCUUUCUUAUAUAGAUCAAAAUCAUGAUUCUGUUCCCUUGAAUCCGGCAGAUCCAAAGGCGACAGAUGCUAACCACAACCCACCAACCGAACACGAAUUCCGAUCCAGCCAGCAAGAGUUGUCAACAGAUAUAAUACUCAAGACACGACAAAUUUUGACCAUCAUAGAUACUUUGCCAGGUGUCGGAGUCAACAAGAAACAGCAGAUGGAAACUAUUCAAAACCUUCGAAUAGAGUUGAACAAGACAGAGGAGGAAAAACGACAAGCUAUCAUGGAGAAGGAAAAUCUCCUAGAUUUUGUGAAUAGCUUGAUUAUUCAAGUAGGAGAAUCUAUAGCUACCACAAGGUAA